UUGUUCACUUUACUUAUACUUUUCGUCACCAUCUUUUCUCGCCACUUCAUUUUUACUUAUCGCCACUCGAUAUUUCUUUGAACCUGUCCUACUACGAUGUCUUCGAAAAGCACGCUAGGCUUUCAUGACCAAAACGAUCAAUUCCGUCCCCCUCGAGCUUCUUCAGACGAUACAGUCGAUGCAACAACCGAUUCUCGCUACGAAAAUGAGGGCAGUCGUGAUGAACACACUUCGACCAAUAGCAUCCGUUCGAACGAGCACCAGGGGGUGUUCGUUUUAAAGCGCAAGCGACCCGGGCCAGAUUGGUGGGACCGGUCAUGCUCUCCGCGUGCGCAACGUCGACGAGUGAACGGUAUCUUGGGCUCAUCACUGUCCUCGCGGCCCCGACCUCUGAGUGCCGAGGUGACCGAAGGCUUGAUGUCAAUGACUACGCAUCCGAGCCCCAACGCGAACAGCUCCAGGUCUUUACUAGAUGGCAACAGUCAAGGAAGUCAAAUAAAUGACGGCAAAAACUCCCUGAGGCCUGUUGCGGCCUGCCCACGUCGCAGCUAUAGGAUAGCGGCGAUCCUGAACGAUGAUUCAAGAGGUGAGGAUACAGAACGACACGACCGGUCCCCAGACCAAAGAGAUCACUCACCCAAAGAGGAUGGCAAUCAUCUUGGACGUGCUCUUCGAGGCGGCCAACUUAAAGACGCCUCUGGAGAGCCCCAAGCCAACUAUAACUUGGAGUUUCUGCCAACGGCUAUCUCUACACGCCAGUAUCCUUUACCAUAGUCAACUCCAGGCCCUAUGGGUCACCCAGCGCAGUCUGAUCAAGGAUCCCACAGGCCUGAUCACGACUCUGCUCUGCUGGACGCGUCAGACGAUCCUCCAUGCUUUACUCUCUCUAGCGUCGUGGCGAUACCUCGGGAUAAGCGGACGACGGUUGCCUGCAAACGUUGUCGUAGGAGGAAGUCUGUUGGAGAACCGCUGGGGAGAACUAUGUACUGGCAAAGUCCGCAGCCGCUUCCUUACAGCUCGAAAGCUUUUCGUCAAGAUGCUCAACGGCCGCAUUCCUUGA